AUGGGCAGCGCGGACCGUCGGAUGGCACAGUGGGCGAGCAGGCUGCUGCUCGGUGCUGCCGCACUGUGCGUCCUGGCCGCCGCCUCGCCACGCCAGCAGCGCUACGGGCAGCGGGCGCAGCCCGGGCCUCCACAUAAGGUCCCGCCCGUCAGCGCCCCUCUGACGUCCAGGCUGCCAGCACCGCCUCCUCCGCCGCGAGCAGAGCCGCCACAGCGCCACUACUGGCCACACGGCGUGCUGUCCUUCUUCGGGAUGUGCCCGCCGGGGUACUCGCGGGACGCACGGGGAAUGUGCCGCGAACGCUGGUAGACAUGAGGCAUUCCAGAAGCUCAACCAUGCUACUGUCGCAUGGCGCGCUCCAGUGCAGCAAAACUGUUCAGUCUGGUUAUUAAUGUGCGUCUCU